AUGGGGGGGUGGCGGGACAUGCCCGCGGAGGCGCUGGAGGAGCAGUACUCCCCCAGCCGCUGGUCCCCCCGCCUGGGCCGGGACACCGUCGUCCAGGCCCACAUCGCGGCGACGGCGGCAGGAACCCAGCGGGCCCGGGCCGGCGCGCAGACCUCGCUGAACGUGCCCUACGGUGCCGGGGAGGGGGAGAGGCUGGACAUCUAUCUCCCCAGGGACCCUUCGGGGGCCUUCCCGGUCCUGGUCUACAUCCAUGGCGGAUACUGGCAGUGCCUGAGUAAGGACGAGUCGGGAUUCGCAGCCCCGCCGCUGGUGUCGCAGGGCGUGGCGGUGGUGGCGGUGGGUUACGACACAGCCCCCAAAGGCCACAUGGACGCCAUGGUGCUGCAGGUGCGGCGCAGCCUCGCCUUCCUGGUGGAGCGGUACUCUGGUAUCAGAGGCGUUUACCUGUGUGGACACUCGGCAGGAGCCCACUUGGCAGCCAUGGUGUUGUCCACAGACUGGACGGAAUACGGAGUGGCGCCGGAUAUCAAAGGAGCUGUGCUGGUGAGCGGCGUGUACGACCUUGAGCCCAUCCUGCACACCUAUGUGAACGACGCGCUGAACAUGAGCCGGGAGGUCGCCCAGAGGAACAGCCCCAUGCUGUGCAUCACCCCAGCAGCGCCUGCAGCCUGCGAGGUGCUCGUGGCUGUGGCCCAGCACGACUCCCCGGAGUUUCGCAGGCAGUCGCAGGAGUACAGCCAGGCCCUGCGUGCAGCCGGCUGGUCCGUCUCCCUGCUGGAUCUUGCUGGCGUGGAUCACUUUGACAUCGUUGAGAAGCUGUCAGAGGAGAGCUAUGUCCUCACUCAGGAACUUGUCCUCCAACUUCAAGCUGCUCAUGAUUAG